ACAUCUGAAUGUGUCUGAAUCUUGUUUGAUACCAAAGAUGUGAUGUGUUUUCAGAAAAGUGGCAGGUUUUGUUUUUUGCUGACAUAGCAUACGCGUUUGCGUCGUCAAAGGACUAUUGCUUCAGCAGUUUGACAGCCCGGUUUAUAGAUUGACAGGCAGUGAGCAGAACGAGUCGUAGUCCCGAACUGCGAAAAACACAAUAGUUGGGAACUACUUCUGUGUUUUAAUAAAACAGGUGAUAUAGCAGGAUCAUUUGCUCCUAGAACCCAACUGAUCAUCUCAGAUGUUGUUGUCUUGGACUUGGAUUUAGAGGACAGAAGGCGACAAAUGGACAACAGCUCACGGAAUCUGAGAGAACCAAGCUGGAAUGUCAAGUCAGGAAUAUCUAUUAUAACGCUGGACAAACCAGAAUGUCUAUUAUAUCUGCUAUAACGCUGGACAAACCAGAAUAUCUAUUAUAUCUGUUAUAACGCUGGACAAACCCAGACCUCCAUGGAAUACAUUUUAAAUUGUUCUUUAACCGGGAAUAUCAGGAUGAAAAGAUGGAGUACAGCGGACUAAUUUCCACAUUUAAGUAUUGAAACGGGAAUCUCGGGACUAAAUACAUAAUUGAUAAAACGUCGUAUUGAGCAGGUUAUUCUGUGAUAAAUGACUGGUGUUCAUGGAUGGGUAGAGAACCGAUAACCAUUUUGCAAGGGACAGAGAUGCCAAUAUUAUUGGAACAUUGACACUUGAGGAAAUACAACCUCUAGUGAUGGAUACGGAUGUUAUGAUCUUCAAAUCAGGCAAAUGGAGAGAUAAAUGGCUUUCACCUGAAUAGGAGUUUGAUUUGGAGAGACAGAUUCAGCAUGGAAAUCCCCACUCCCCCUGAACGUUUAGUAGUAUUGAUCAGUAUUAUGUGCUGAGAGUAAGUAUGCACUAUGCAGUGUGUUAAAAUCAUUCAGUAGGAAUUAAUUAGGAAUAAGGAGCAAGUGUUGAUGCACAGUUUCUAUGGCCAAUCCAUGCUUAGCCCAUUGAUUGGUUAAUCAGUCCCAAUUAACUUCCUGAACCUCGACCCACCGCCCCCCAUCGCCUUUGGCCAGGAUGUUGUGCCCCAGGAAGAAGCGCCUUACGAAGGAUGCAGAUUUCUCUGCAUUUGUGGUGCCGUCGAUGCGCGGGUCUGGGUACCUGGACUACACCAUAGAGAGCCACCCGUGUCGAGCCCUCCAGGCCAUGGAAGAGUUCAGACGGCAUGAGAUGCUCUGUGACAUCACCCUCCACGUCACAUAUAAGGACACAACCACUGACUUCAAGGUUCAUAAAGUGGUCCUGGCGUCCUGUAGCCCGUACUUCAAAGCCAUGUUCACCAGCAGCUUUAAGGAGUGCCACGCUUCAGAGGUGACGCUACGUGACGUCUGCCCCCUGGUGGUGGAGAGGCUCAUAGACUUCGCCUACACCUCUCGCAUCACUGUGGGAGAGACCUGUGUGAUGCACCUUCUGCUAUCCUCUAUGAGGUACCAGAUGGAGGAUGUAGCCAGGGCUUGUUGUGACUACCUCACUAAAAACUUGGAGCCAGCCAACGUGAUCGGCAUCGCUCGAUUUGCCGAGGAGAUCGGCUGCACCGAGCUGCACCUGAAGAGCCGCGAGUACAUCAACACACACUUCAACAUGGUGACCAAGGAGGAGGAGUUCUUCAGCCUGACCCACUGUCAGCUGUUAGAGCUUAUCAGUCAGGACAGCCUCAAGGUGCUCUGUGAAUCAGAGGUGUACAAGGCGUGUACUGACUGGGUGCGCUGGGAUUUGGAGAGCAGAGCUCCGUAUCUCCACGCCCUCCUCAAUGCCCUACACGUCUAUGCUCUGCCUCCCAAGUUCAUCAAGAUUCAGCUCCAGUCCUGCCCCAUCCUCAGCAAGGCCAACUCCUGCAGGGACUUCCUGUCUAAGAUAUUCCAGGAAAUGGCUUUGAGGAAACCACUCCCACCCGUCCCUCAUCGUGGAACACAGCUCAUCUACGUAGCUGGAGGGUAUCGGCAGCACUCCCUGUCUUCUAUGGAGGCCUACGACCCCAGGAGGAACGUCUGGCUGAAGCUAGCUAGCAUGGACUCUCCGUGCAGUGGCCUGGGCUCCUGUGUGCUGUUUGGCCUGCUCUACACGGUGGGAGGCAGGAAUCUGUCCCUACAGGAUAACACAGAGUCUAGUUCCUUGUGCUGCUACAACCCCAUGACCAACAAGUGGAGUCAAAACGCCCCCCUCAACAGCCCCAGGAACAGGGUGGGGGUGGCUGUCGUCGACGGGAGCAUUUACGCCGUUGGGGGGUCGCAGGGACCGACUCAUCAUGACACCGUAGAGAGGUACGACCCAGAGGCCAACCGAUGGGUGUUUGUGAGACCCAUGUCAGUAGCCCGUCUGGGAGCGGGCGUGGCCGGGUGUGGGGGAUGUGUGUACGUGGCGGGGGGGUUCGACGGCCAAAACCGCUGGAAUACAAUGGAGAGGUACCAGCCCGACUCCGAUACCUGGCACCAACUGGCCCCCAUGUCCACCGUACGCAGCGGGCUGGGUAUGGUGUGCGUGGACUCGUACCUGUACGCAGUGGGGGGUUACGAUGGCCUUGUCCAGCUCAGCUCUGUGGAGAGGUACAGUGUGGCCAGAGACGUGUGGGAGCCUGUGGCCUCCAUGCGAGAUCGGCGCAGCGCUCAUGGAGUCACCACCUACCAGGGACGCAUCUUCGCUCUGGGUGGUUUUAACUCCACAGGGUUUCUGUCCGGCGUUGAGAGUUACUGCCCUAAUGCCAACCAGUGGACCGCCGUCACCAACAUGUUGUUAGGACGCAGCGGAAUGGGCGUGGCGGUGACCAUGGAGCCCUGCCCGGGCAACCUGCCCGAGGAUGAUGAGGAAGAGGAAGUGGCAUAGAGGAUGAAAGACUCUUAUGUCGCUGGAAAAAUCCACUGAUUUUGUAGCAAACAGGACUUGUUGCCGUAGAAUAAGAAUGAGCAGAAAGGAGUUCGAAGCAAGUGGCGGAUUGCACAGUUACCCAAAGCCACGUAUCACCAAGUAUCACUUAUAUGUUCUGAUCAUUCUCAAUCUAUAUGGAGUAAGGAGGAAGUGGACCAGGGGGAAGAAGUAACCUCACAAAAACCCCAUAGUGACCUCACUAUAAUUAGGGUGCUAGCCAACUUAUCCAAUAUUUAUCCUCUUUCUUUUAAUAUUCAAUAGUUAUUAACCCACUCCUCCUACCCAAACCCCUAUCCCUAAACCUGGCCCCCUACCCUAACUUACCUGAGUUGAAAACCCAUUUGUGUGUUUAUUUUCCUCCACGUACUGUAAAUCAAAUGGAGUCUGUUUAAAUGAAAAUCAAGUGGCGGUAGACACCAGACUCCCCCUGCACCCUGACUUACCUCACCUUCAACCAGGCAGACACAAUGAGAAGAUGGGUGCACGAGAGCCGCCCAUGCCAGUCCCAGAGUUUUAGGUAUUUUCAGAGACUCAUCUAAUUGAAUGUGCCAUCAGGGCCCCUCCAGUCAGUUGACAGCCCGUGACCAAACGUGUAGCCUGGUUCCAACAGGUCUCUGGGGAAAAGUUGUGCCCGACAAAGGAAACGGUGUGCCACCGGGAACUCAUGCAUAUUCAUUGUUCAUUGUAUUAUGUAUUAAAACUUGUGCCUCGCUG